GAGAAAAAAUGUGAAACAUGGCUACUGUACAACCUGAAUCCGAACAACAAUUACAUAAUAAACUCACUAACGGUACACCCACGGGAGAUAAUCAAGAACUGCAGUCAUCAUCUGCUGCAAUUAUUACUUUUAACGCGGAGGUUUGUGCACGAGGCAGCGACGCGAAGAGAACGACUGACUACGAUGUUCCGUCUUUACCAGCAAGUGAAAAUUCAUCUCCACAUGGCCCUGCUCUUCCACCACGAAACAAAGAUGCAUCAGGAAUGGAAUGUUUUUCGACAUCUGCAACGAUGGGCGAGCCAAAAAUGGACGUGUACGUUCAAAAUAAAAGCAGUGAAAGCGUUUCUACCGAGUCUGGGGAGGAUUUCGGAACGGCGUCGGAGAAUUUGCACAAUGAAAACAAAGGGCAAGAAACCGAUAAAGAGGAAAUAGUGGACAAAACUAUAGAAAACCUCAGCUCAGAUUCAAAGCUUGCCAUAGAGGAAAAACUCUGGCUGAAAAAAGAUGGAGAGCAGUUGACAAAAGAAGGUGAAGAAAUUGAGUUUUCUGGCAAGGAAAUGCAAGGUAUCAAAACAGGAGAUCCCAACUGCAUGGAAAAGGCUAAGCACAACACAGAAGAGAGUAGAAAAGAUGAAGACAUUGAGUCUUCUGUCAAGGAAAUACAAGCCACAGAAGGGGAGACAGAAGAAACAGAAGAUCCCAAUAGUCUGGAAAAGGUUAAGCAGAACACAGAAGAGAGGGGAAGAGCAGAUGAAAUGGAGACUUCUACAGAGGCAAUGGAAGGAGAGAUAGAGGAAAGAGGACAUCCCAACAGCUUGGAAAAGGUUAAGCACAACACAGAGGAGAGGGGAGGGGCAGAUGAAAUGGAGCCUUCUACCAAGGCAAUGCAAGGCAUGGGAGGAAAGAUAGAGGAAACAGGGGAUCCCAACAGCAUGGAAAAGGUUAAGCAUAACACAGAAGACAGAGCAGCAGAUAAAAUGAAGACUUCUACCAAGGCAAUGAAAGGGGAGACAGAGGAAACAGGAGAUCCCAACAGCAUGAAAAAGGUUGAGCCCAACACAGAAGAGAGGGGAGAAAAAGAUGAAUCUAAGAGUGGUGGUAAAAGAUUAUUUGUCAAGCAAAGGAGAAGCAGCCUGGAAUGUAAUGAAUGUGGUAAAAAGUUCACUCGUCGGGAAACAUUUAAUCUGCAUCGACACUUUCACAUGCACCAGGAUGAGCAGGCUUCCCUUACUUGUAAGGAAUGUGGCAUUACUUUUCAUCAUCGAAGUGACCUCAUAAAACACCGCAGUACACAUAAAGAAGAAAGCCAAACUAGAUUUGUUUCAAAAGGUUCACAUUCAAAAUUACUUUCUAAGAGGUUGUCAAACUGCAAAAUGUACAAAAAACAGAGGAAAUUUCAGUGUGAGCACUGCGGUAUGCGUUUCUGUACAAUGGUUAGGUUAAGGCUUCAUGCUUGUGAACAGUAUGUGGAGAAGCCUUUUCGCUGCCCUCUGUGCCGCAAAGAAUUCCAGUACAGAGUGUCCAUAAAUGCCCACAUGCAAAGUCACUCUUUAGACAGUCCAUAUCGAUGCCUAGAGUGCAACAAAGGUUUUCAGAGUGUGGCCACACUACAUAUCCACCAACGAUCCCAUGCUGUUCUGAAGCCUUUUGAGUGUCCAGAUUGUAAUAUGGUCUUCAGGCAUCGCUUCAUCAUGGAGGACCAUCGACGCAGGCAUGCAAUAGAAAAGCCACACCAGUGCAAAGUCUGUGUGAAGAGCUUCAAGUUUAGUAGUGUUUUGCAACAGCACCAGUAUCUUCACACUGGCCGAAAGCCUUACCACUGUUCAUACUGUGGAAGAAAGUUUGCUUUUGCUCAAAACAUGCGAGCACAUUGUCGCCAACACAAAAAGAUCUCUCACUCAGCUAGGUCUGAGGCAUAUGUUACAAAACAUAAUGGAUCUCAUGGCAGAGAGGUGGUAGGUCUGGGUAAAGAGAACACAAACCAUAAUGUUGAGCAGCAGCGCAACUGUCCUCUUUGCCCUCAAAUAUUUUGUAAAGCAGCUGAGCUAAGAGCACACAUGUUAAUCCAUGAAGCAGAGUAUGAAAGGAUGAGCAAUGGCCGAAGAUUUGAUAAGGUUUAUUCAUGCCGAUAUUGUCUUCUCAAAUUCCCAACGGAAUCCAGCCUGCAGUCACAUUUACAAAUACAUGUGACAAACACAUUGGGUGUAAACACAUCACGUAUCUCAAAUCAGUUUAAAGCGGUCCCCGAAAAGAAGUAUAGGGAUGAGGCAGAUAUUGACAGUAUGUCAAGAGUAGGGGGAUUGGGAGAACAGACAGAAAAGAAACCUUACAGGUGUAGAGACUGCGGAAAAUGCUUUCGUUACCGAUCAGUGUUAGAGCUCCACAUGCGCAUACAUAGCAAGGGUUACCAGUGUCACGUGUGUAAAAAGUCCUUCAGAUUUAGUAGCUACUUGCAGCAGCACUCCAUUAUUCACACAGGGAAGAAGCCAUACAAAUGCCCAGACUGUGGUAAGGAUUUUGCAUUUCUUCAUAACAUGAAAACGCACCAGAGGCUGCAUCAACAAAAACCAUUCCGGUGCACGCAAUGCCGUAAGGGCUACAGCGAUGAGAGUCAGCUCCAGCGGCAUAUGCUUUCACAUACAGGUGAAAAACCUUACAAAUGCCAUCUUUGUGACAAAAGCUUUUCCUUAGCCUACUUGCUCCGUGACCAUCUUAAUACUCAUACAGGGGAGAGACCCCACCGUUGCCAGGAGUGCAAUAAGUCAUUCCCUUGGCUUAGCAGUCUGCUUGUACAUCAAAAGAUACAUAUGCGCAAGCAUCAAGGACCGAGUCACAGUUAUCCUAUGUCCGUACAUUCUCAAAGAGGUAGAGUAAAUGCAAGUGGUGUGAGGAGGGGUAGGGGUAGGCCGAGGUUAGACAGAGACAAUGGGAGGUCAGUGCCUCUACAACAAGACCCUCUACCCGGUCAGAUGCCAAAUUUGGUUCCUCAACAGUCACAUAGCUUCAAUGCAGGUAGCCAUCAACGCAUGCAGCUGAGAUCACAGCACUUGCAGGCACAAAAUCAUUCCCAGCCAAUUCAAUUGCAGCAAGAAUGGCAAUUUGAAAUUAUGCCCCCAUCAGAAGAACUGCUGCACUCUCAGAGUUUAUUAGAAACCCAGCCAACUGAUGUGCAGAUGCAGUGGCCAGGUCUUCCAGACCUCAGGCACAAGCAGCAAACUUCUCGAGCAAACGUGCCAGUGUCAGCACAACCUAGCUUAGCUACUAAUCAUUAUCCAGAGAUCAAAAUAUCUGGCAAUGAUCAAGAGCAAAAAGGAAAGCAUCCUUCUCUCUGGGUAAAUACACCAAACUCUCCGGAAUCACCACACCACACAGACAGGAGUUCAUCUCUAGAUGGGACAACUCAGUCGCCAAGAUCCAGAAGUCAGAGCUCACCAAACCAGCUGCUUAAUGUUCAAGACCAAAAGCAAUCACAAUGGUCAGUGAUCUGUGAUUCUGUACAAACUAGACCACAGGAUGACCAAGUAACCAUGGACAUUGAUGCACCAACCAGCAUUGAAUCUAAUAAAGGUCCUCAUGUUAGAAAGGACGAUUUGCAAAUCCAGAAGUCCCCUGGUCUGGGUAAAAUGCCAAUUUUGGGUCAGACUGAUGGUAUGGUGCUAUCCACUGGUGUUUCCUCUUUACAGAACGCUAAUCCAUGGAGUCUGAAAACACAUUUAGAAAUGUCUACAACUGUGAGUUUUCAAGAAAUACAUGGAGAUGCAUUGGAGAAGCAGCAAAACAGAAUAAUCCACCAUUUGCCACAGCAGAUGCAGGUUCCCCAUCAGCUAUCACAGCCAAUGCAGGUACCACAACAGCUAUCACAGCAAAUGCAGGUUCCACAACAGCUACCACAGCAAAUGCAGGUUCCACAACAGCUACCACAGCAAAUGCAGGUUCCACAUCAACAAAUGCAGCUACAACAGCAGAUUCUACAACAACAUCUUCAUCAGCCACAGCUCCAGCAACAGACUCAAAUGCCUCCUUCCUGGGUUAGUGCGACUCCAUCAAAUCAGAUGGGACCACUUAACAUGCCAUAUCCAUCAGCUCGUUUUCCUCUUGGGGAAAGACCCCCUAUUUGGGGGUUUCAAACUACUCCAGUUUUAAAUGGACCAGUUCAACAAGGCCAUAUCCCAGCACAGCAGCAUGUAGCCUUAAUGUCUGGGCGGCAGAUUUCUCUAAAUCAGCCUACAUCUUUUAUCUCACCGGCUUUUCCUCCACCGUCCCUUAAUUUACCUGCUCCUCAUCCAAUACAUUCUGUUGGAAGGCAACUUCCAGGUCCAUUACCACAAGGCAUCUUCUUCAGCUCACAGAGCACCAUAAAUGAGAUGCCACUCAUGCCACAAGUGACAAACUUACCUCAGUUAGCCCAACAAACUGAGCCACACAAAAUUGUCAAUAAAAUGCCUUUUUCCCCUGAUCACCUAUUCCAUUGCAUGAUCUGUGGUUGUUCUUUACCUGGAGAGUUAGAAUUACAGAUGCAUUAUAUGCAACAUGCACAGCGAGAUGUCUGAGUUUGAUUUAAAAAAAAAGAAGAAAAAAAAAGAUAUACAUACAAUAGAUAAGUUUAGACUGUAUCUUUGCUGUUUUACUGUACAUUGCUGUUAAACUGCUGGAGUGUCUGUUCAAGAUUUUAAAACGUAUUAAUGUUUUUAUUCAGUUAUUAAA